GGGGCAAAGAGCGCGCACUCCCUGAUGUUGGGAUACGUCACUGGGCUCGCUCCUCUCCUCGCGCGCUGGUUAAAAAGAGGGAGAAAAAGACCAAAAGAAACAUGUGAGCAUUUCUGAAGAUCCAGUGAGAGUCGACUUAGUUACCUACCAACCACUGUGCAGUAACCGAUUUUAACUUAUGAGCAAGCAAGAAAGUUAAGCUGACAUCAAACCACUGUGGUCGUUAUUUUUUCUUAUUACUUUUUUAUAUGAGAAAAUGUUUUUCUAUGUUAUUACAUCAUAACCAGCACUUGUAUUAAUUUAUUAUAGAUUACUAUUUUCUUGUAAUAUUUAAUUCGGAUUUCUUUAUGUUUCUAUAUUCUUGUAAAUUAUUGCAUUUAUUAUUUACCUCUGGAAAACAAAAUACUCGUUAAAUUGGAAAGAAGCUGCGCCGUUCUUUUUUUCAAGAGAAGAGUCGUUUUGUUCUCCGAUUAGAUAUAUAAGCUUCGUUGGAGAUUCUCUGAAACAUGAAGCAUUUGAAAUUCGUGCUGGUAAUGGCAAUCGCGGUGAACGUAUGGGAAUGUAGCGACGCAAAAUUUGGGGAGAAAGGCGAAAUUAGUCCAAGGAGGAGGAGAUGUUACGAUGGAAGCUUACCGAAGCGCCUUAAAAAGAGAGACCGAAAACUGUCACUGGACAGCAGCGUGGAGGUUUGUCACAGGUUGUACCCCCGCGUGUCCUGCUGUCCCAGUAAGAGGGCUGCCUAUCAGAUUCUUCAUCGGCGCGAUGCCAGGAUAUUUUCCACCAACAACACUGAGUGUGCAAAGCUGCUGGAGGAGAUCAAAUGCGCUCGCUGCUCGCCCCACGCCCAGGUGCUGUUCCAGUCACCUGACCUCGACAAGGGGCCCCGCGGCGAAGCCAACCUGCCCCGACUCUGCCCCGACUACUGCAGGAGCUUCUACUACACCUGCAGAGGGCACAUACCAGAACUGUUCCAGGCUGACGUGGACGAGUUCUGCCAGUACUAUGGGAGGAGAGAUGGCGGACUGUGCUUCCCAGACUUCCUCAGAAAGCAAACGCGAGGGCCAGCCUCCAACUACCUGGACCUGGACCAAUACGAGAAAAUAGAGGACAUCAACAGAAAACACAAGCACAACUGCUACUGCGCCCAGGAGGUGGUGUCUGGCCUCAGGCAGCCGGUGGAAGUGGUGCAUUGUGGGGACGGAUCCCAGCGACUCUUCAUCCUGGAGAAGGAGGGCUUCGUCAAGAUCCUCACCCACGACAUGGUGCUCAUCAAAGAACCUUUCCUGGACAUCCACAAGCUGGUCCAGAGUGGGAUAAAGGGAGGAGAUGAAAGGGGGCUCCUAAGCCUCGCAUUCCAUCCCAAUUACAGGAAAAAUGGGAAGCUGUACGUGUCCUACACCACCAACCAGGAGCGCUGGGCUGUGGGCCCCCACGACCACAUCCUGCGCGUGGUGGAGUACACCGUCUCCAGGAAAAACCCCAACCAGGCAGACGUUAGGACCCAGCGGGUGCUGAUGGAGGUGGCGGAGCUGCACAGGAAGCACCUGGGCGGGCAGCUGCUCUUCGGGCCGGACGGCCUGCUGCACGUCGUCCUGGGCGACGGAAUGAUCACGCUGGACGACAUGGAGGAGAUGGACGGGCUCAGUGACUUCACUGGGGCGGUGCUGAGGGUGGAUGUGGACACGUCCAGCUGUGCGGCCCCUUACUCCAUCCCUCUGAACAACCCCUACUUCAACAGCACCAACCAGCCGCCUGAGCUCUAUGCUCACGGGCUGCACGACCCGGGCAGGUGCGCAGUGGACAGGCUUUAUAUGGAUGCAAACGGGAGUGUGGUGGUCCUGUGCACAGACUCCAUCAGCAGAAACUCCACCGCAGGAAGAGUGCUGCAGAUUCUGAAGGGGAAGGACUACGAACACGAGCCGUCCAUCUUGGAGCUGAAGUCCGGCAGCACCGCGUCCCCCGUGGGGGGGUUCCUGUAUCGAGGCUGUCAGUCUAGAAGGCUGUUCGGCAGCUACGUGUUCGGAGACCGAGCCGGGAACCUGCGCAUCCUCCAGCCGCCUCCAGAGGGCGUGGUGGGCGGGGCUUGGCAGGAGAAGGCCCUCUGUCUGGGCAGCAGCGCCUCCUGUGGCAGCUCCCUGUCAGGACACAUCCUGGGAUUCGGGGAGGAUGAGCUCGGAGAGGUCUACAUACUGGCCACGAGCAAAAGCAUGGUCCAGUCCCACAGCGGGAAGCUCUACAGGCUGGUGGACCCCAAAAGGCCCCUGGUCCCUAAGGAGUGCCAGCGGUUGGUGCAGGCCCCGGAGCUGCUGGCCACGGCGUGCUCUCGGCACUGCAAGAACGGCCACUGCACCCCCCCGGGCCGCUGCUGCUGCAGUGCAGGCUGGGACGGGCCCUUCUGCAGAGUGGCCAAGUGUGAGCCGGCCUGUCGUCAUGGAGGAGUCUGCAUCGAACCCAAUAAGUGCUACUGUAAGAGCGGGUACUCUGGGGAGCAGUGCGAGAAGGGGGAGGGGGGCACCACGGGGGGGGGUAGAGACGGGAUCCUGGACCAGAUCAUAGACAUGACGUCCUACCUGCUGGACCUCACCAGCUACAUCGUAUAGGCACAGACCGGCCCCAACCCUCACCCUCACCCCAACCGGCCCAGACCCCUACCGGCCCGGACCCUCACCCCAACCGGCCCGGACCCUCACUUCAACCAGCCUUCACCCUCACCCCAACUGGCCCAGACCCCUACCGGCCCGGACCCUCACUUCAACCAGCCUUCACCCUCACCCCAACUGGCCCAGACCCCUACCGGCCCGGACCCUCACCCCUACCGGCCCGGAUCCUCACCACAACCAGCCCAGACCCCCACCCCAACCGGCCCGGACCCUCACCCCAACCGGCCACCACAUUUCCUCUACUCCACAGGACCAAGGCUCUGUUCAUCCACCGUUCAACUAUUUCCUGUCCCUCCACCGCCACUUCCUGUUUGUUCUCCUGCCAAUAAGCUAUGCUCCUUUUCUUAGAAUGGACUUCCCAAAAAAAAAAAAAACACAGAAAGCAGCCGUAAGACUGAAGUCUCCCUUUCCAGUUUCCUCAUCGAUAAAAGCGUGGGGUGCUUUGGGGUUGCAGAUAAAGUGAGCUCCUUUGCGUUUGGGAGGCAUUUUAAAUGACCCGCCGGCCAAUCUGUGCCAGAGUCGCGGCCUAGAACGGCUCUUUCUGGUAGUGCCUCCUCCGAGGAAUUGUGGGAGCCCUCCCCCCCUUUCUGUCCUCAGUGUGGGUCCGUAGACUGGCAGUGGAAAGGACACCAGGUACCUCUGAGGCCUCCCGAACUACAAAAGCAGCAGAUUGAUAAUGGUUUCAUCUUUUUAAAAAAGGCUCUUUACGAAGUUAUUCAGGAAGCAGGCGAACGUUCCAGCGAAGCGCGUCUGGUUCACACGGCGGGACGUCCCGCACGUCUUUCACCGGGGGUCCUCGUGGGUCACGGCUCUUGUCCGAAAGACUGACGUUACCGCGGAAACGCAAGCGCAGGACGGCCCGGCUGAGGCCUGCGGGCUUUUCUUCCGGAAAGAACGGUUUUCGCGGGAGAUGUGGAUCCUGUUAGGACUGGCCUCCCGGACGGAGCCAGGUUCAGGAUGAGAAGGUUUCCCACACGCCAACAUCAGAACUGCCGCUGCACAGAGGCCACAGCUGCCAGCUCAGCCGCUCCGCACAGAGGCCACAGCCGCCAGCUCAGCCAGAUCAAACCGCUCUGCACAGAGGCCACAGCCGCCAGCUCAGCUGCCAGCUCAGCCCCCAGAUCAGAACCGCUCCGUCCUUUUAGGCUACUUCAUUCCAACCCCACGUUGGGCUGCUGAGGGGGACGGAUCUACAAGGGCUCACAAGCAAUGUCUUUCUGAUAUUUAAUAAAUGAGGGAAUAUUAAGUGUUUGGAGGUAUUCAUAUGAAAAUGAUUUGGCUGCAGUAUGCUUUAAGCUACAUUACAGAAAUUAAGACAGUGGACACAACUCUGUUUGUCGUGGCAGAUGAAGCUUUUAUAGAUAAAUGAGGAAAUGCAUUCUACAGAUUAGUGGUUAAAACACAGUGAUGUUAUUCUGCAGCCUGUGGCCUUGUGCCUGACUACAGGGCUAGAAUAAUUGUACGGCAAACAAAGAAGACAAAAAAAAUGUCGAUUUUUAUUACAAACCUUAAUUUCAUUAAAAUUUGUUUCCCGAGAAAUAUUUAUACAGCGUUUAACUAGAGAUACUUGCCUUCUUGGAACUGAUAGAUCUCUUCUAUUUCUACUAUUUGUAGUUUCCAACAGCAAAAAAUGUCUCAAUUUUAUUUUCCAUCAACUAAAGCUUCACUGACUUCAAAAGGUUCAGUAAUUUUGUAUGUUUAAUUAAGACCAUGCAAGCUGCUUUGAUACUAUAAUGAUUCUCUUCCCAGCACACUGUGUUGAGUGGCUCUCUCUGGGGGGAGGUUCUCACACGUUAGCGUUAGCGAUGGUGGAGAUGCCUGUGUGGAGGCGUCUCCCCCCCCCCCCCCCACAGCCCUGCUUCCUCAGCCACGGGACUCAUUCAGGUCAAACACCCCCCCUGGGCAGGUGUCUUCCCCCAGGCCCCAGGGCUGCACAGGCACGGACUCUACGUGAUGCGCACAGGGCUGGAACAAACCAUUUUGGGAGGGGAACGGGGGAGACUGGGCAGACGCUGUGGAAAAAACUCCACCCAGCCACAAUGCAGUCUAAGCAGAACACCUGUUCACCUGUCUGAGCAGAACACCUGUUCACCUGUUUCUCCUUAGAAGCCCCUUUCAUACCGUUGUCUCAAAUGCUGGUCUAUACACUGUUGCCUUUUAUUGACACAUUUAAAAAAGAAAAAUUGGCACAGUGAACUGUUUUGUUCGGAUGCAUAAUAGCCUGUCCGCACAGCACUGGUUCAGUCUUCAGAUACCUUAUUCCCAUCUGGCCUGGACCACCGCAUCCUUGCCCUCCAGCUGAACCUGCGGGUCCUGCCACAGUCACACUGAACAUUCUUACUAACUACUCAACGUCUGUAUAAAAAAGGGAAAGCACAUUGUGAUGUAUAUAUCAUAUAGGACAGAACAAAGUACUACUUAAUAUUGAGAAAUAAUAAAGCAUUUUUUUAUGUUUUUACAAACAGUGGUUUAUUUUUUAAAGUGUAGUAAUAUAUGGGUGAUAAGUAAGUGUAAAACGCAGUUUUUUUUUUUUUUUUUAAGUAAAAAUUUGUGAAGUCAUUUAAUUAUUUCAGUUUCUUGCCUAAAUUCCUCUGCUUGCAUGUAACAGAGUUGUUCAUUAUUAGACUCGACGUAAGAGUGCAUGCUUUCAGAACCUGAAGAGCUUGGCACCAAACUGAGCACAAAACAGUAUGGAACCCUGAAAAAUGUCUUUUUCUUUCAUAUGUACAUCAGUGCUGCUUAAGAAUUUGAUAAAGUUUUGUUUUUAAAUUCUCCAGAAAAUGACGCUGCUGAUGAUGGCUCAUCUAAUGCUGCGUUGGGUUAGGGCUAGGGUUAGGGUUAACCCUAAUAAGGUUGACUCUCAAUCGAAGAAGAGGCAGAUUUGUUACCCUUUUGUCAUGGAACUCCAAAUUUAGUGUGUGCUUGCCUUGGUUUUUGUAAACAAUUUUGGAUUCCAGAUUAGGGAAUGAGAAUGUGUAAAUCUUUCUGGCAUUUCCACCCGAACUUUCUUGUACAUGUCAGCAGUAACGUUGUGUGAUCUAGUGUUUAACAAGCUGAAGCUUCGAGUGGCUCUAAAUUACAGAAGAACAACUGAAGACAGUGGAGUCUUCUACACUGCCUUAUGUAACUGUGAUGAUAUCAUUUCAGGCAAGAUGCAGAACACAUUCAUUUAAACUCAAAACAAGAACAAAAAUUAUUAAUCAUGUGCAUACAGUUACUGCCCUUUCCCUUAUAUGAUUCUAACAUCAAGCAAAUUUUUACUUUUUUACUUUUGUAAACUUUUCAACACAUUGUGAAAUCAUUAUUUUAUUAAAAUGUAGUUAUUUCUUUUGAAAUUUGAAGUGCAGGAAAUAUGAUUGUUUUUGCUCUGCAUCAAGAUUUUUUUAUUCAUUUAAAAAUAUGAGAUUAUUAUUAUUGUUAUUAUGAUUAUUAUUAUCAAUAAAAGCUGUUAUCUUGAGCAGAUUACAGAUUAUAUACUCAUUAUACACAUUGACAGAGUGAUAAACAAUAUCAACAAGUAAUAUGAAAAUAUUGGUAAUCUUUUAUCGCUUAGCAGUAAAAUGAAUAGUAAAAUCACACACAGGCGUGCUAGGAUGACACUGUGGCUCUUUUUAGUUACAGGGGGUCGUCACGAUUGGGGAUUGAUGCUUUAAACUGAUGAUCUUAUCAAUGAUAAAAAUGCCCAACACCUUAACUAGCAAAUUCAACACAAUCAUUUUGCUUAAGAACUCCAGCUUCAUAAUUCAUCCGAGUGGUUAGCGUAAAGGGUCCACUCCUCUCAGGCCAGUAGUGUAGUCUGGCCGCUCAGUACAGGGGCUCCUUAGUAACACAGGACUUGGCUGUAAGAUUAAACUCUAUAUAAGUUUAGCACUUAAUGUGAAGAUUGUAUUGGGGUUGCUGAAAAACCAUUGUGUGAGUAGAGUAAUCGAUUUCAUUAUUUAAGUAGUCACGCAGAAGUUAUUUAAAAUCUACGUUGUUUUUUAUUUUAAUUAUUUUUUUAUUUUACACUUCGUAAAGGUUUCCAUAAUGUAUUGUAAAUAAAGCUAGGGUUAUGAAGAGAACAUUUGGUUACUUUUCAGAAAUAUCAAUAUGUCUAUUAAAGUUUAUAGCAUGUUGCCAAA